AAAGCAAUCAGAGAGAUGCAGAGAUUUGGCGGGCUCAAGGAAACGGGCAAGCUCGACCGUGACACACUGAGACUCAUGGAAAUGCCGCGAUGUUCGCUCCCUGACAUUGUCGGAGUUGAGGACAUGCUAAGGAGGAGGAGGAGGAGGAGGAGAAAGAGAUAUGCCCUGUCAGGACUCCGCUGGGAAAAAACAGAGCUCACCUGGAGUCUUCAGAAUUACCCCUCCAUUUCAAAGUCACUUAAUCAAGACAAUAUUGAGAGGAUAUUGACCAAAGCUUUUAAAGUUUGGAGUGACAUCAGCAUGCUCCAGUUUCAUGCCCUACCUGCAACGGCACACAAUGAGGCAGAUCUGAGAAUCUCCUUUAAAAGUUCUCUCCACGAAGAUGGCUAUCCAUUCGAUGGAAAGGGGGGCACUCUUGCUCAUGCGUUCUUCCCUGGAGAGGCGGAAAUCGCGGGGGAUACACAUUUUGACGAUCAAGAGACUUGGAGCAUCAGUGAUGGCGAUGAUAGCAUAGACCUCUUCACUGUGGCAGUGCAUGAGUUUGGCCAUGCUCUGGGCCUUUCUCAUUCCUCCACUGAUCCCUCCAUCAUGAGACCUUAUUACCUGGGCCCUGUAGGAAACAUGGACACUUACCAACUCCCUCAAGAUGACCGCCAAGCCAUUCAGACUCUUUAUGGGAUCAAAGGCGGUGUUACAGCUCCACCUGGUGGAUCUUCACCACCUCUGCCUAACCCUCAUCCAACCAGAGUUAUUCUGCAACCUGAUCCCUCAUCUCGAGAGCGCUGUGAAGGCGGUUUUGAUGCUGUGGCAGACAUCAGAGGAGAUGUUUUCUUUUUUAAGGGCAUACACUUUUGGCGAAUCCAGAGAUCUGGCUCUCUGGUUUCCUUUGCUCCAGCUCUCAUUACAAAUUUUUGGAUUGGUCUUCCACGCAACCUCCAGAAGAUUGAUGCUGUUUAUGAGCGGAAGACUGACAGCCAUAUUAUCUUCUUCAUAGGUUCACAGUACUGGGUAUUUAAAGACAACGUUGCACUCCCUGAUUACCCUCGGCCAUUGUUAGACUGGGGAAUGAAGUCUGCUGACGGAACAGAGGUGAAUAAGGUUGAGGCAGCUUUUGUAUGGGCCCACAAUGGGAAAACAUAUCUCUUUAGUGGCAGAAGGUUCUGGAGGUUUACUGAGGGGCAGGGCGGGACUGCACCAAAACCAGAAGGAGGCUAUCCCAAAAACAGUUCUCUCUGGAAAGGUGUGCCAGACAACCCUGAUGAUAUCAUCACCUGGGGAGAAGGAGAUACUUAUUUCUUCAAAAAUAACUCAUACUGGGUUCUGAGGAGAGGGGGGUUGGACCAAGAUGUUGUCAGUGCCAGAUCUACUGCUGUUGACUGGAUGUUUUGUCCUGUACCACCAUCUUCUAAACCUACUAAUCCACGAGCUGGGAGUGGAGACUGCAGCUGUGCAUUCAGCAGAGCCUCAAAAUUCAGAAAUUCUACCUGGUUGAUCCUGCUGUCUUUUUCUUUUGUUUUUUAA